UGAAGAAGUCGGUGGAGUUGGAGAAAUUGUUGAAGACACUUGCUGAGAUGGUCGAUAAUUUUGAGAAGCGGUACAAAGUUGAUGAUGAGGAGAAGUAGGACGAGGGAGGUGCGCUUGAUGAUGAGGAGAAGCAGCAUGAGAGAAGUGUGCUUGAAGUGAAGAAGCACGAGAGAAUUAUGCUUGAACUGUGGCUUGAGGAGCUUCAGGAAGCUGUCUUUAAUACAGAGGAUCUCGUGGAUAAGAUUCAGACUGAAGCUUUGAGACACAAGUUGGAUGGACAAUUAUCUGAAAAGAUGGAGGACAUCCGUCGCUGUAUAGAAUCCUAUGUGAAGGCAGGAGAUGUACUCGGAUUGGCUGGACGAACAUAUAAAAUCGAGCAACUGGAGAGUCAAAAGCAACCUCUAGAUCCAACAGACUAUAUUUAUUUUGUAGAUGAGUCAGAUCCAACAGAUUAUAUUUGUUUUGUAGAUGAUUCUGAGGUAUUCGGUAUGGAUUGUGAUAAAGAAGAAAUUAUUAAGCUCUUGCUGUCAGAUGAUGCAAAUGAUAAACAGUUGCCUGUGAUUUCCAUAGUGGGCAAUGGUAGGAUAGGGAAAACCAUUCUUGCUAGGCUUGUUUACAACGAGCAGAGACUAAGCCACCAUUUUGACGGGAAGGCCUGGGUUGACGUUCCAGAUGAUUUCAACUGGGUGAUAAAGUCAAUUUUGAAAUUCCUCACUUGGCAGUAUAAGGAUCUCAAGGAAAAGUAUAAUGAUCUCGACAAACUAGAGUUGGAUCAACUUGGAUUUGAAUUGCAGAAUUACCUUAAGGGGAAGAGAUUUCUACUUGUUCUUGAUGGUGCGAAACGGAUUCCUAGUUCUAAAGGAUGGGAGGCCUUACGAUCUGCUUUCAAAUUUGCCGCAAAUGGAAGUCGUAUUAUUGUGACAACACGCAACAAAGUUAUUGCAUCAACGAAGUAUGCUGUCAGAACUUAUUAUAUGGAGCCAUUAUCAGAGGAAAAAUGUUGGCUGAUAUUUGCAAAAUUUGCUUUUGGAGACCAAAACCCUACUUCAGAUACACAACUAGAAGUUAUUGGCAAAGAAAUUGUGCAGAUGUGUCACGGCUUGUCUUCAUCAGUGAGAAUACUUGGGUAUCUCUUGCGUUUUAAGCUACAACAGGAGGAGUAGGAAGCUAUACUUAAGCGCCUGAAGCCUUCGUCAGAUACAAGGGAAAAUGUUCACGUUGUCCCUAAUUUCAGACUUCUUGAAGAUCUAAAGCGAUGCCUUGCAUAUUGUUCCAUAUUUCCCCCAGAUUAUGAAUUUGAGAUGGAGAAGUUAGUCCUCUUAUGUAUGGCAGAAGGUUUUCUGAAACCGCGCUCAAUAUGGAAAACAGUGAAAGAGGUUAGUAAUAUCAUUGAAUUGGAGCCUUUUUUUCAGAAAUCAAGUCGCAAUGAAUCAAGUUUCCGGAUGUGUAUGAAUAACUUGGCUGCUUAUGUGUCUACGAGGUAUUGUUUCAGAUUGGAGGAUAAUCACCCUUCUGAAAUGCCUUUAAAUACUCGGUAUUUGUCACUUGUUGGCGGCAAAUAUGAAAAUUCAGUGAUAUUUGAGGCCAUAGAUAGAGCCAAACGUUUAAGGACUUUUUUGCCACUUGAUCAUGAAUCACGUCAUUUACGUGCUACUGAACUGCAGAAUUUGUUGUCCAAACUGCAAUUUUUACGAGUGCUAUCUUUAUCUCAUUACCAUAUCACUGAGAUACCUGAUUCAAUUGGCAAUUUGGAGCAUUUACGGUAGAUUGAUCUCUCUCACACUCCAAUUAAGAGAUUACCUGAAUCGGUUUGUGAACUCUACAAUUUACAAUCAUUGAUAUUGUCGAAUUGUUAUUCUCUUACUGAAUUGCCAGAAAACACGUCAAAACUUGUGAACUUGCUUAAUCUUGAUGUUAGUGGAAGCGGUUUAAGUGAGAUGCCAAGAGAUAUGGAUAAAUUAAGAAAUCUCCGAUUACUACCUUGCUUUAUUGUGGGCAAAAAAAGUGGCUCUCUUAUAGAGUUAAAAGAUAUUAAUUGUCUUGAAGGAACACUUCACAUUUUGAAGUUGCAGAACGUGACCUCGGAGAACGUUGCACAUGGUACCCCCUUGAUGGACAAGCAUUCUAUUGAAGAGCUAGUGUUGGAAUGGGAUGAAAAUACUGCUGAUCCAGAAAAUGCUAGAAAGGUGCUUGCAGGGCUAAAACCUAGUUGUAGUUUGAAGAGGCUUACCAUUAACUUUUACUGUAGUCCAAAAUUUCCAUCGUGGUUAGAUGGUAAGAACAUAUUCAACGACAUGGUUUUCCUACGUCUUAGCAAUUGCAAUAGUUGCUCAACCUUGCCAUCACUCGGGAAACUACAAAAACUUAGAGUCCUCAUUAUUGAAUGCAUGGAUGCAGUGGAGGAGGUGGGUCCUGAUUUCAAUACUGAGCCACCUACGUGGAUGCAUAGGGGGUUUAGGUAUUUGGAGAGGCUAACAUUUGAGGGGAUGUCAAAAUGGACAAAGUGGGUUCCAUCAAAUGUGCUCCCUUGCCUGCAACAGCUUUGUAUACGGAGAUGCCCCAAGCUGAGGGGGAACUUGCCCAAGGAACUUCCUUCAGUAGAAAGAAUUGAGAUUUCUGAAUCUCAGGAGCUUGUGACUGCACUUACAACAGAGGCAUCAUUGAACAAUUUACAUUAUCGUGAAAAGAUUGUGUUCGUAAGUGACGAUAAAGUGACUUCUUUUACAUCUGAAGGUGCCACAGGAUCAUCAUCGCCCAUGAUUGAAGAUGAAAAAUCUCCAUUUCCCUUGACUCAAGGAGCGCCAGAGUCCUUAUUGCCCCCGGCUGAUGGUGUCGUAGAUACCUCAGUGCCAAUUA